GAGCGAGCAGAGGAGGUGGCAGAAUGUGCCUCGCCCCCUCGCUCUUCCCUCAUGCCCGUAUUGGGCGGAGCCGGCGCUGGCCUGGUAGUGAUGGCGGACGAUGGAGAUGGGAAACUAAGAACUGAGGGUAGCAGCGGUGGUGUCCUGGGGGGCGGGGGCGCAGAGGAGCCGCCCGCGGCGGCGGCGGGAGGCUGGGCUGUAGGCGGCGAGAUGCUGCUGAACGUGGGGCUGCUGGCGCUGGUGCUGCUGGCGGCCUAUCGGCUCUACCUGCGCUGGGGGAAGCGGAGCGGCCCGGGGGGCGCGGCCCAGCAGAGCCUGGCCGCCUCCCUGCCCCGCAUGAAGCGGCGGGACUUCACGCUGGAGCAGCUGCACGAGUACGACGGGGCCCGCACCCCUCGCAUCCUACUGGCCGUCAACGGCAAAGUCUUCGACGUGACCAAAGGCAGCAAGUUCUACGGGCCUGAGGGUCCAUAUGGAAUAUUUGCUGGCAGAGAUGCCUCCAGGGGACUAGCAACUUUCUGUCUAGAUAAAGAUGCACUCAGAGAUGAAUAUGAUGACCUAUCGGACUUAAAUGCUGUACAAAUGGAAAGUGUUAGAGAAUGGGAAAUGCAAUUUAAAGAAAAAUAUGACUACGUAGGUAGACUCCUAAAACCAGGGGAAGAACCAUCAGAAUAUACAGAUGAGGAGGAUAUCAAGGAUCACACUAAACAGGAUUGAACUUUGUAAAAACCAAAGUCGGGGCCUUCAGAACUGCAACCUCUUAUUUCCCCCCUCACAAUGUCCUGCAUCUUUGGGUACAGUUCAUCUGCUGCAAAAAAACAUUCAACAGGUUUUGUACAAAGAAAAUAACACAACGAAGAUUUGAAUACUAGGCAUUAUUUGUGCUGCAAAACUUUUUGUUGCAGUUUAUUUGUAAUGUGUGGUAAGGCUUCAUUUAUGAGGAGGGGCCAGGGAUGUAAAAGGU